AUGGACGUUGGGCAUCAAAUCCAUGUGGACGCAAUGGGCGUCAGCGCCCUGUCCGCGCGGGGGCAGCAGAUUGGGGCCAGUCACAGCGCCGCACACGCUGCUGGAAGCCGUGCUGUGAUGGGACCUAAAUGUAGAGAGCGUGUGAGGGAACGCCGCGGCCAUGUCCGCCGCCGCAGGAUGGCCAUUGGGGCGUCGGUUUCAGACCUGAAGAGCAAGACGGAGACGUUCGUUGAGAAUCUGGUGGAGGAUGAUGUGGAACCUGACCAAGAGGACGAUGAACUGGCGGAUAUGCGGUCGUCUCUGUCCCGCUUUGAAGCAGAGGCCCAGGAAGUGCAGUCGAAGAUCGACACUCAAUACAGGAAAAUGUUCACAGGGAGAGUCGUUCGCCUGGAGGAACGAAAGAAACCAUACAAAGUGGAUGUGAAGAAUGAGGAAGCAUUUGCACAACUGGGCAAGGACGAACCAAAGGUGAUGCAGCGCAUGCUGUCAGAUAUAUCCAAAGCCAGUGCGAACAAGUGGCGCCUAUUCCAGUCAGAUAUUGUGUCCCUGAAACUAGUGAGGACACGGCUUGACCGCCAGAUUGAAGAACUCUCCACAGCAAUCGCUGCUGCUGAGCGUAAGGCUGCAGUUCGCGAGGUGGCGAUGGGGACUGAGGAGUCUGAUGAACCAUCGACGUCGGACUUGGGGUCAGCAGCAGAAAAGGGGCCCCUGCAGGGCAAGAAGAGCAUGAGGGUUGUGCUGGUGACUGGCUUGGAGUCUUUUAAUGGAGAUUUGUACGAAAGGGCAGCAAGGGAAGCCUCGGAGCGCUGCCCGGCCAUAGCAAUUGACGUAUUCAAUGACCGGGACAUUGGGCUCCAGCCAGAGAAGUUGGAGGCAGCGCUGCAGUCUGCAGAUGUGUUCUUUGGCAGUCUGCUUGUCCAGUAUGACGAGGCAGAGUGGCUGAAGAAGCGCAUCGGCCACAUCCCUGUGAGGUUCGUCUUUGAGUCAGCACUGGAGAUAAUGACAGAGACCACUGUGGGAUCAUUCAACAUGUCAGGUGGCAGCCGUCCAGGCGCUCCCCCAGCAGUCCGAAAAGUGCUCUCUCUCUUCGGCUCCAAGCGGGAGGAAGACCGCAUGGUGGGCUAUCUGUCCUUCUUGAAGAUUGGCCCCAAACUGCUGAAAUUUCUACCAGGGUCUAGGGCCCGGGACCUGCGGACGUGGCUCACAGUCUACAGCUACUGGAACCAGGGAGGGCAGGAGAACAUGGUGUCCAUGUUCAUGUACAUGGUGGAACAGUUCCUGGGCCCUUCUGGCGUAACAGCAAAGCCUGUUGUGGAAACACCCACCACUGGGUGCCUGCAUCCAGACUACCAGGGCUACUUUAGAUCGCCAAGGGAAUACAUCAAUUGGUACACUAAGAGUGGCCCGAAAGAGACAAGGGAUGCACCAGCUGUUGCAGUUAUGAUCUACCGCAAACAUGUCAUCACUGGCCAGAUGUAUGUCAGGCAGCUCAUCAGGCUGUUAGAGCAGGAGGGUCUGAAACCCAUCCCAAUAUUCAUCAAUGGAGUGGAGGCUCACACGAUCGUUAGAGACCAGCUCACAUCUGCAGACGAACAAGCCCUUGUCAAGACUGGAAAGCUGAAGAAUGCGACACUGAGGAAGGAUGCUGUUGAGGUCAACGCUGUGAUCAACACCAUUGGAUUUCCUCUUGUUGGGGGACCUGCUGGAAGCAUGGAGGCAGGCCGACAGCAAGAUAUUGCAGCUGCCAUCCUGGCCUCCAAGAACAUUCCUUAUGUCAUUGGGGCGCCUCUGCUGGUGCAAGACUUGGGGAGCUGGAUGCGGGAUGGCAUAGCAGGUCUGCAAUCUGUCGUUCUCUACAGCUUGCCUGAGCUGGAUGGGGCGAUUGACACUGUUCCUCUGGGGGGCCUUGUUGGUGACAACAUCUUCCUCAUUCCUGAACGUGUGAAGCGCCUGGGCUCUCGGAUUCGGAACUGGAUCAAAUUGAGGCAGACCCUACCUUCAGAGAGGAAGGUUGCGAUACUUGUGUAUGGAUUCCCUCCUGGUGUUGGAUCGACAGGCACUGCAGCACUUCUUAAUGUGCCAAAGUCCUUGAAGACUGUCUUGCUAGAGUUGAAGGCACAGGGAUAUGAUCUGGGAGAUUUCUCUGAUGACAUUGAUGAAGAGACAAUCAUUACUGCCCUUAAGCGGCAGGAAGAUCAAACUGCAAUAUUCAGAGGUGCUGACGGGAUCAAAAAGAUUGGGGUCGGUCAAGCUGCUGAGUACGGAGCUCAGCCAUUGGCUGCAGAGAUCAACCCCAGGCAACUGCAGCAGAUGCUGACAUACCCCCGGGAAUGGGGACCCAGCGAAUGGGGACCCAUCCCUUUUCUUCCAGACAAUGAUAUCCUGUCCAAGAGAUUAGAGAAGCAGUGGGGGGACAUGACCCGCUACAGAGGCAUCGCCACAUCCGCUGAGGGCAACCUCCUUGUCAACGGCUUGCGAUUUGGCAAUGUCUUCAUUGGUGUUCAACCUGUGCUUGGAGUGGAAGGGGACCCUAUGCGUUUGCUCUUUGAAAGAGACUUGACGCCCCACCCCCAGUAUGUUGCCUUCUACAAAUGGUUGCAAGAGGAUUUCCAGGCGGAUGCUGUGUUGCACUUUGGGAUGCAUGGCACGGUUGAGUGGCUUCCAGGAGCACCCCUGGGGAACACGGGGUUCUCAUGGUCAGACAUUCUCUUGGGCCACCUGCCCAAUGUGUAUGUGUACGCCUGCAAUAACCCAUCGGAGUCGAUCAUUGCAAAGCGGCGUGGCUAUGGCACUAUCAUCUCCCACAAUGUUCCUCCUUAUGGACGUGCGGGCCUGUACAAGCAGCUCGCUGAGCUGAAGAAUCUUCUGGCAGAAUUCAGAGAAAAUCCAAGAGACGAGAGCUCAGCUGCUUUGAAGGGUCCUAUCAUUCAGAACUUGAACAAUGCAGGCCUCCAAGACGACUGCCCCUUUAGGCCACCCACCGAAAAUGGGGAUGCUGCUUUCAAACUGACAGAGGAAAAUGUUCUUGAGGCCGAUGUUGAGGAAUUUGAGGAGUACGCUGGUCGCCUGUAUCAGUACCUCCAGGUAUUGGAGAAUAGGUUGUUCUCAGAGGGCCUGCAUGUGCUGGGAAGGGAGCCUUCCCCAGAACAGCUGACACAGUACCUGUCAGCAUACUUCGGGUCCGACCUGCCGGAAGAAGCUGUCAGUGCCGUGGUGGACACAGGCAGCAGUGGCGUUGAUGUAGUCAAGGAGAAGCUGAUGUUGAAUGGAACUACGCCAGAGCUGUCUCAGAAGAUCAAGGAAGCAGUGGACAUCAGGAACCUCCUAUCACAGAACACUGAAGAGAUUCGUCAGCUUGUUCGUGCACUUGAUGGGCAGUUCAUCCCUGCAGCCCCAGGUGGUGACCUGCUGCGUGAUGGUGCUGGUGUCCUGCCAACUGGCAGAAACAUCCAUGCAAUGGAUCCUUACAGAAUGCCAAGCCCUGCUGCAGUGGAACGUGGUCGUGCAGUUGCAGAGGCAAUUAUUCAGAAGCACAUGGCAGAAAAUGAUGGUUCAUGGCCGCAGACAUUAGCAGUAAAUCUGUGGGGAUUGGAUGCCAUCAAGACCAAAGGAGAGUCGGUAGCCAUUGUCCUCCACCUGAUUGGUGCCAGACCUUUCCAAGAGGAGAUGGGCCGUAUCGCUCGCUUUGAACUUAUGCCACUUGAAGAGUUGGGUCGACCCCGUGUGGAUGUGCUAUGCAACAUGAGUGGCAUUUUCAGAGAUUCUUUUCAGAACAUCGUUGAGCUGCUGGAUGAUGUCUUUCAGCGUGCCGCAGCUGCAGAUGAGCCUCCAGAGAAGAACUUCAUUCGAAAACAUGCUCUGGAGAUGGAGGAACAAGGCCUUGAAAACACUGGGGCUCGGCUGUUUUCAAAUCCAGCAGGAGACUAUGGCUCCAUGGUGAAUGAGAGAGUUGGAUCGUCUGACUGGGAAAGUGGUGAAGAGCUGGGCGGCACUUGGGAAUCAAGGAAUGCUUUCAGCUAUGGCCGAGGACAGGAAAAGGGCACUGCAAGGCCGGAGGUUCUGAAGGCCUUGUUGAAGACAACUGAUCGGAUAGUGCAAGAGAUAGAUUCUGUGGAAUAUGGCUUGACAGAUAUCCAGGAGUACUAUGCCAACACUGGUGCAUUGAAGGCAGCAGCUGAAUCAGCUCGCGAUGGUGAUAAGGUUGGCUGCAGCAUCGUGGAGACAUUCAGCAAAGAUGUGAACCCCAGAGAACUCGAUGAUGUGCUGCGAAUGGAGUACCGCACGAAGCUUUUGAAUCCAAGAUGGGCACAAGCGAUGGCAGAUCAGGGCUCGGGGGGCGCAUAUGAGAUAUCCUCAAGAAUGACAGCUAUGGUGGGGUGGGGAGCCACAAGCGGAUUUACCGAAGACUGGGUUUGGGAUCAGGCAUCGGAGACAUAUGCUCUGGACGCGGACAUGGCCAAUAAGCUGAGAGAAGCUAACCCACAGGCCUUUCGCAAUGUUCUGCGGCGUAUGCUGGAGGCCGCAGGAAGGGGCAUGUGGAAUGCGGAUAAAAACACUGUGGAGCAGCUACAGAAGAUGUACUCGGACAUUGAAGACCAGCUGGAAGGGGUGAACUGA